GCGAGGGCGACGAGGCCGGCGGACGCAAGAGGGGCAAGGGGCAGAACAAGGGCCGCAAGUUCGACCACCGCGCCGGCACCCACGACGUCCGGCUCUGCAACAUUGUCGGACAGGGCCGCCCGUGCGACCGCCCCAACUGCAACAACGACCACGACCUCGCCGCCUUCCUCUCGUCGCGCCAGGCCGACGUCCGGCGCUCGCUCCCGACCACGCCCGACGACCUCACGCCGACCGAGACGGCCCACACGUGCCCGCUGUACCUGUCGCUCGGCCGGUGCCCGUACGGCUUCAAGUGCCGCCUCGGCGAGAGCCACAUGCGCAAGGUCGCCGACGGCGAGGGCUUCAUGGGCUGCGGGUGGGAGCUCGUCGUCGACGAGGUCAAGGUCAAGGAGGUCGAGGCGGCGGCGGCGGCGGCAGGCGAGGGCAAGGCCAAGUUGAGCUCGCUCGGCGAGAUGAACCUCAUCACGAGCAUGCAGAUCAAGGCGAUCCGUGGUGGCGGCAAGACCGAGGAGAAGUUCCCGCUGUCGACCGAGUACCUCAAGUCGAUCGGCGAGCCGCUCGACACGCGCGGCGACGAGAAGCACGGCAAGAGCAAGAAGCGCGGCCGCGACGGGCAGCAGAAGGCGACCGCGCCGGCACCAGAACCGGCAGCGGCCGAGCCGGCUCCUGAGCCCGCCGCGCCGUCCGCCGCAGUCGACAGCACCGAGCCGACUGCUGCCGACGCCGUCGCUCCUUCCACGGGCGACCCCGUCGCCGUCGCCGACCCUGCCGCACCGACCUCUUCUGCCGCCGCCGCCGCCGACGUCGACUCGCGCCCGUCGCGCACCUACGUUCCCGACCUCGCGCCGAUCCGCGCAUCCGAGAAGAAGCGCCUCGACUUUGCGGGCAAGAUGUGGAUGGCGCCGCUCACGACGGUCGGCAACCUGCCGUUCCGCCGCCUCGCCGUCGAGUACGGCUGCGACAUCACGACGUCCGAGAUGGGCCUCGCGCAAGAGUUCCUGUCGGGCAACGCCAACGAGUGGAGCCUCGUGCGGCGCCACCCGAGCGAGCGCACAUUCGGCGUCCAGAUCUGCGGCUCGAAGCCCCAGGUCCUCGUGCCCGCCGCCGAGGCCAUCGUCAAGAGCACCGAGAUCGACUUCCUCGACAUCAACUGCGGCUGCCCGAUCGACCUCGUGUUCAACAAGGGCGCCGGCUCUGCGCUCCUCGCGCACGCGGGCAAGCUCGGCAAGUCGCUCGUCGGCAUGAGCAAGGUGCUCGGCGAGGUGCCCCUCACGGUCAAGAUCCGCACGGGCGUCAGCAACAGCCAGCCGACGGCGCACAAGCUCAUGCCGCGGUUCCAGAAGGAGUGGGGCGUCAGCGCCGUGACGAUGCACGGUCGCUCGCGGCAGCAGCGCUACAAGGCGUUCGCCGACUACAAGUACAUCGGCGAGUGCGUCAAGGUCCUGCGCGACACGGCCGAGGACGAGGGCCUCGCGCCGAUCCCGAUUUUUGGCAACGGCGACGCGUACGACUGGCGCACGUACUGGGACAACGUCGAGUCGAGCGGCGUCGACGGCAUCAUGAUUGCGCGCGGCGCCCUCAUCAAGCCGUGGUGCUUCACCGAGAUCAAGGAGCGCCGAGACUGGGACAUCUCGUCGCGCGAGCGCCUCGACAUGAUCGGCAAGCUGUGCGACUACGGCAUGGAGCACUGGGGAGCCGACCAGAUGGGCCUCAACAAGACGCGCCGGUUCGUCGCCGAGUCGCUCUCGUUCACGCACCGCUACGUGCCCGUCGGCCUCCUCGAGCGCCUCCCGACCAACAUGAACGAGCGCGCCUUCCCCUACAAGGGCCGCGACGAGCUCGAGACGCUCCUCGCCUCGGACCAGGCCAAGGACUGGCUCAAGAUCUGCGAAAUGUUCCUCGGCCCGGCGCCCGACGACUGGAACUUUGUCCCCAAGCACAAGGCGGCGUCGACCGAGACCGAGGCGCAGGGCUGAGCGGUGAGCGAGGAUGUAGAGCAGGAGGAGGAGGGUCCGAGCCGUGUUGUGCAACUGCAGCUUGCUCCACCUUGA